AUGGCCCCCGAAAAUACUCUCUCCAGACUUCCUGGCUUGCAUCGCUGGUCUGAAAGGUUUUAUGACGUUACAGUUGUCUGCGGCCAUGAUGUCUUCAAGCUGCAUAAAGAAUCAAAGGCCAACAAGAUAACACUAGCCGAUGGCGACUUCAUUGUAUUCGAGUCACUGAUCCAGUUCUGCUACUCCGGUAGCUAUACUGAACCCGAGUCGCCCGAAGAUGGGCAUGGUGCAGCAGUCCACUACAAGCCAGCAGCAGAUAUCCAGCAGGUUUACUCGUCGAUCUCACACCACCUUGGAGCUGCCGGUGACGGCGAAAAGCUGUUGAUGCCGGGUAUUAAGGUUUUGGCUUUGGAGCGGGUUCGAGGCAGAGUUAGCGAUAUUCUUUCCGACUUCGAAGACACCUCGACUGAGGACUGUAUCACGGCGCGAGUCGACGGAAGCUCGGAAUUUAUCAGCUUGCUUGAUGACAUAUACGAAAGCCUGCCUGGAAGCGACGUCGCGCUGAAAGCGUCAAUUUGUCGCGUUAUCGCGGUUUUGAGGGUGGAGGAAAAGUUCUUCAAGCAAUUGAUGCCCGUGAUGCAGAAACACGGUAGUCUGGCUUUAGGGGGUUUGAACUAUCUGAGGCUGCACGGAUGA